AUAAGAAUAAAAGUUCUGUAAUGUUUUUUGUUUAAUUAAAAUUAGUAAUACAAUAAAUUUGGCAAAGCGUUUGCAAUAUAGGUUCAAAUACAUGUGGAUUUACGUGGGAGGUAUAUUGUAACAUCCAUUAUUAUGUAUAUCUCUGAGUCUGCGCUAAGUAUAGAUAUAUCGAGAAUUUUCACACAGUGUUGUUUACAAAGCGAAAGAAGCACGUCAUAUUAGAAUUUUGCUUUACAUAUACAUGUAUGAUGUAUAGCAGUACGUUUGGGUACAGGGGCACUUUUAUUUUGUAAGCAUGCGUCACCGGAAGUGAACUGUUUUGUUUACCGAAAGUACUUUGAACCGUUGUUUCAAUGUGUUUAUAACCAGCUUUAACGUUAAUCUGAUAAAGACAGUUAUUACUAGUGGCCCACAGAUAUAAAAUAUGGAAAGUUUAACACCGACACAGCUGAAAAAGUUGAAAGAGCACAAGUAUAGUGCCACUGGAACGUCCUUAGUGGAACCGUACAUGCAGAUCUUCUGGCGAUGGCUCGUAGAACAAAUUCCAACAACCUGGGCACCAAACACGUUGACAGUUGUUGGAUUGAUACUUAACAUUGCCACAUCUACGCUGUUGUUCAUGUACAGUCCAGAUGGGAAAUCGGAGGCUCCAAGAUUUGUUUACUUGCUUUGUGCAAUAGGUUUAUUUUUAUACCAGUCCUUAGAUGCUAUUGACGGAAAGCAAGCAAGGAGAACAAACACAAGCUCACCUCUUGGUGAACUCUUUGAUCAUGGUUGUGACUCAGUUUCUACAGUCUUUGUAGGCUUGGCAACUGUGGUGGCAUUAAACAUGGGAAAAGAUUUAGACUGGAUGAUGUAUGAAUUAUUUGCAGCUAUAUUUUUAUUUUAUAUGGCCCACUGGCAGACAUAUGUAACAGGAACACUUAGAUUUGGACAGUUUGAUGUUACAGAAUCCCAGUUAAUGAUAAUAGCUGUUUAUUUAACAAAUUUUAUAUUUGGAUCGACAUUGUGGGAUCUAACGAUUCCCAUUAUAGGAAUGACAUUAAGAAAAGCAGUAAUUUUAUUAAGUAUUUUGCCACAGAUUGUACAGUUCGGAUCAAAUUUUUCCGUCAUUAUGCAGGGAGGAAGUGGUAAAAAUAAAUCAACAAUAGCUGGAACAAGCACUAUAUUUCCAGGACUACCUAUAGUGUUAGUUCUAGCACUAGGUGUAAUAAUAUCACAGAAGUCAGAAACACAAAUAUAUGAAAAUCAUCCAUGUUUCUUUCUUCUCUGUUUUGGAUUAGUAGCUGCUAAAAUAACAAACAAGUUAGUCGUAGCACAGAUGACAAAAAGUGAAAUGGAUUUAUUUGACACAGCAUUAUUGGGUCCUGGAAUGUUGUUUCUUAAUCAAUAUUUCAACUGCAUAUUAAAUGAAUAUUUGGUUUUAUGGCUUAUGUUUAUAUAUGUAACACAAGAUUUAAUAAGAUACUCCUCAUCAGUGUGCCAACAGAUUUGUCAAUUCUUGGGAAUUUAUUGUUUUGAUAUCACUUCAUCUCCAAAGAACGGAAAGGCAUCAUGAAUUGUACCCGCUGCUUAUUGCUCAACAUUUUGUCUAUCAUAUAUUAUUUAUUUUAAGAGAUGUUUUAUUGGUAUGAAUGCUUAAUCCACAUUGUUUAGGAAAUCAGCAAUAUUUUACAUUCUCUCAAAUUUUAGUUAGUGUUAUUUGGUUAAACCAGUACAUUAAGUAAAGAGUCCACAAUUAAUAUUUUUUUAUGAAAGUUGGCAAAGCAUAUAAUUUUUGUCGUUGCAGAAUGUUAGAUAAAGGAAUGCUAAUUCAGCUGCAAUGGUAUUGAUUGUUUAUAUGUCAGUUGGUAGGAAAGUCGUAUAAUCUAUAUUUAAUUCAAUGCAUAUGCUUAAUGUUAAGUUUGCUAUAGGUAUUUUUUCUGAAAGAACCACUGUAUAUCAGUAACAGGUCUUCAUGUCAGUCUGACGGGGAUCAUCUAACCUUUACCUCUUUUCGUGGUCGAUAAGUGAUUUAUUUUGUAAUAAGGUCUUUUUCAUAGAUACUAUAGGUACAACUAUAUUUGGUUUAUAGAAUGGUUGUAUAUUGUUAUCUUUUUCUGAGUGUUCAUCUGACCUUGACAUUGUUCAGAUACUUUUACAAGAGGUCAAUUACAUUAGUUAUAUGAAAUGAUUGUAAGGUGUACAUGUCAUUGAUGUCAAUCUGACUGUUCAUCUUUCCUUGACCUCAUUUUUAUUGAUCGUUGAUCAGUAUUAGGUUUCGUGAUGAGGUCUGGUUUAAGAGAGCUAUAAGAAAUAGAUCAAAUUUACUGUGUAUGUUUGUAAGAUGUAUAUGUCUGUUUGACAUGGUCAACUGACCUCGACCUCAUGUUCAUGGACUGACCUCGACCUCAUGUUCAUGGUUGGUUGGUCAUAGUUAGUUUUCAUGAUAUUAGAAGUUAUAGGUCAACUACAUUUGGUGUAUAUAAUGAUUGUAAGGUGAACAUUUCUGUUGGAUAGGGUUUCUAUGACAUUGACCUAUUUUUCAUGGAUCAUUAAUAAUGUUUAUAGGGUUUUGGGAUACCUGUAGUAAACCUUGAAGACUUUCAGCAUAAAAUGUAAUCAUUAAAGCAGGUGGGCCAUUUCUCUGCACUCUGCUAGAAAAUCUUUCCUCCCUUCCAAAUUCAGCAAUGUCUUUUUAGUUUCUAAACUUUAGAUGAUUUUUGAUUGAGACUGACAAAUGUGUGUUUACAGUCUGUUAAUGCUGCAUACCCUUAUUUUUUAAAUGAAGAUAAGGCGAUGUUGUAUGAUUGCCAAUGAGAGAACUAUCUUUCAAAAAUGAAAAAGACUAAAAGUCUGUUUUACAUUAAUUUUUGCAAGCACUUGCAAAAUAAUAUCAAAGAGUCAUGCUCAAACACAAGCAAACACAUCCCUUAUUCUUAAGUUCGUGCCAAGCAUAUCUGUAGAAAUAUUUAAAAAAAAAAAACAUGGGUUAAAGAUUGUGUAGUCAUGACAUUAUUCAUAAAUAAUCAGUUGUGUGCUUUAGGAAUUCAUUGUCCAAAACAUGUAUUAAUUACUUCAGAAAAAUUUAGUUGCAGAGAUAUUUUUAUAAAUAUUUAUGAUAAACAAGAUAUUGCUAUUCCUUUACAUAUGAAUAAUUGUAAAUUAUGCUAUUUUUGUUUCUUUCCUUGAUGGAAGUAUGGCUUCAUAUGAAAAUCCAUUUCACUUUGUUAUUUUGUAAAAUCUUUUCAUGUCAAAGACCUAGGCCAUUUUACUUAUGGUUAAAAAUGUUUUUUUUGAAAUAUUUCAAGUAUUCUGUCUAUUUUAAUUUUUCUUUAUAUGCAAAAAACAGGUUUUAAUAUUUUGUGGUUAUUGUUUUAACGCAAAAGUUUUUUAAUUCAAGUUUGUAAAAGUUACUUGAAAAAGAAUAUAUACUGUAAAUUCAAAAAUUUUUGCCAGGUUUUUAUCGUAAAAAAUUAAAAUCACAUUGAAGUCUCAAAUGACAAAAUCGCAAUAAUAAAUGCAUGCAAUAAUGUCUGAAUUUACAGUAUUGCAAAGACCAUGAUGGUCUCACUAUAAAAAAGAUCAUUAAUAGAAUAUUUGAAAAAGAAAAUUGUGUUGUAAGUUGCAGUAUAUAAGCAUAUAAACUGAAUUUUAAUAAAAAAAAAAAAAAAAAAGUGUUGCAAGAUUAUUAUGAAAGUAAAAUUUAAAAGUAAAUUAGUGGAUAUUUAAAAACCAAACAUCAUUUUGAAACAACAAUUUCACAGAUAUAUUUCUUUUUAACACAAUCAAAAGAUGUUGUUCAGCAUACCCUAAUUUCCUUUUCAUUUAAGAAUUGCUAAGCUUGAGCCAGGUUGGUUUUGCUUGUAACUUAUUGAUUUACAUUUUGAUUAGUCGGCCAUAAAUUUAUGCUUUUCCUUUUUCAUUCCAAUUUGCUAAGCUUCAGCCACAUAUUUUAUGCUUUAACUUAUUGCUACAUGCUUUAAAUAUGUUUAUUUCAUGCUAAACUGCUGUACAGUUGUAUAUUAUAAUCAUUUGCCCUUGUUUAUGCAGUCUAUAUUAUUUUAGAAUAAUAAUGUGCCAUAAUUUUGAAGUUUGUGUGGUUACUUUACAAUUAUUUAAAUUGAUAUUAUUUUAUUUUUUAACUUUAAAUUCAUUCAAUUAGUAUAAGACACCAUUUGGAUUUUUAUAUUGAACUCUUUGGCACUUAAAGCCUACAGUCAUAAAACUUAUCCAGAACUCCCACGUGCUUGAAACACCAAAUCCAAUAUUUUGAUUAGUUGAAUUUGUAGUUGUGAGUACAAUAAUCAUACUUACAAAUUUUUCUGACCACAAAGCCUGGUUUUAAAAACCAGUAUACUUAUUUGUAAAAAUGUAAACAAAGUUUCAUUGAACCAUCAUUUAUAUAAACAAAAACAAAAACAAGUUUUGACUCAUUAACAUAUGUGACAUGUAAAUUUUAAUACAAACAAUAGCAGAUUUUGGGGGUAUUUGGUUUUCAUAGUGAUCAUGACACAUUAAGGAAAUUUACAGUGAGUUAAUGGUUAUUUUGUUUUUGGGAAAAUCUUUUCCUCCUAAUGCAAAACCCAAAAACCUUAUCUCCAUGCCUUCAUACUGACUAAAUUAGAUUUUAAUUUGAAACAGCAAGGAAUAAUUUCUGAAGUGUUGAGCAACAGUAAAAGCAGAAAUAUUACUUUAUAUUAUAGUUUAAAGCAGAUACUUUAAAGUGUAUGAAUUUACAAAAAGGUUUUGUACAGAUAUGUAUUUGAGAUGCAUCAAUUAAAAUAUAUUGAGAGAUGCAAAUGUUGCUGGGCAAUUUUUAUAAAUGAUUGCAUAGAGAAUCGGUAGAGGGUAUAGUCUUGUGAUUUGAAUAUUUUACAUGUAUCUGUGUGUUUUCUAUAAUAUAUAUGGAGCAUAAGCAUUGUACACAUGCAGCAAAGGAUUGCACAUAAACCAUUGCUAGGGCUUGUGUUGACUUUCAGUAAGGUGUUGGCUUUUGUUCUGUGUUGAAAGUCAUGCUGUGACUAGGAAAAACAAUACAUGUAUGUAGUUUGUGUUAUGAAUAAUAAACAAUAUUUCGUCUUUUCUGUGACAUUUUUCUUUGAAAAUAUUAUGUUAAAGAACUGUAAAAGGAGGAGGGUGCAUUCAAAACAAUGACAUCAAAUUUAAAGCACAAAUUUUAUUUUUGGGGGGAAAUUUCAGAUAUUACAGUACACUGUACUUUGAUUUGGUACAUGGUCUCUUGAAAAAUAUUGAUUAAGUUAAAAUCAAAAUUUUGAAUAUGUCUCAUUAAAAAUGUAUGCAUAUAUUGUGACAGCAUUUUAUUGUUUUUAUCUAAGAGUAUAUAUUUUGUUACCAGUCAUCGUUGUUAAUUUUGAUGUUUUCUGUUUUUCUGUUAAAUUUUGUUUCUUUUGUGAUAUAUUCUACGAUAUGUAAUUGAAAAUUUUGUAAAACUGAUAAUACAUGUAUUUUAUAUGAUGACAUCAAAAUAAAAUUAUUCAUCUUGUAUUCCAUUUGAAAAAGAACAUAUAUUAAAUCAGGAUUUCAGUUAUUCUUGCUUGUCGCUAUUUCUCAAAUUUUCUUUAUUUACGAAAAUUUUCAGUGAGUAAUAUGGCUUUUUCUCAGUCAAUUUUCAGCAUUCAUAUUUAACAUAUGUUGAAUUUAAUUAUCCUAUUGUAUAAGAAUAAGCUCAGGUUUAUACAAGCUGAUCAAUGCAACACAUUAGUUUUUUUUUCAUACAUCAUCAUGCGUUUUAAAUGAUAUUUAAUGAUAUUGUCAAAUGCACAAUUGUGGCUCUGUCUAUUUAAGCUUUAUCCAUAAAGUCUUAAAGUUUUUAUUUUUCGCCAUGAUAUUUAAUUAUAUUAGGUGUCAAAGAUGAAAAUGCCAUGCAGUGUUAAAAACAAAAUAUAUAUAAACAUAUAUUUGCAUUUUAUCCACUGAUUGAAAACAAAUCAUUUAAUUUUGGAUUAAACACAUCUUCUGAUUGGCUGAAAGCUUAUUGUCUAUCAGCUCAUAGACAUAAUUUUGUCAUGUGACUGUAACGUCAUUAAUGGUGUAUUUUUUACAAUGUACUCCUUAAAAAAUUAUAAAUAAAUGGAUUUCAAAGUUAAAACUAUUAUUAUUUUGACAACUGUGAAAUUUAAUAUCCUAAAAGACUUGUUUGUACAUUUUGUUAUGCUAGUGUUAUGGUAAAUGGGCAUCAUUAUGAAAUGUGGCAAAAAAGUAUACCUCACAUCUCUAUUCAUGUUUGUAUGAUAAAACUUUUGCUUUUUGUAAUUGGAUGGCCAGUCUGUUGCAGUAGGUGUUUGUUUCAAAGCUACUUAAUACUCCAUUUUCUUUAUGACACAGUUCCCUAUUUAAAUAUACUGUAAAUUCAGAAAUUAUUGCGAGGUUUUUAUUAUUGCGAAUUAUGCGACUGAGUUGUUAACGCAAUAAUUAAAACUGCAUUUUGUAAUAUUUUAACUGAAUUAAGCAUGACUUUUCUCAAAAUCGUAAAAAUUUAAAUCGCAUUCAAGUGUAAAAGGACAAAAUCGCAAUAAUAAAUGCACGCAAUAAUUACUGAAUUUACAGUAAUUAGGGAAACAAUGUGAAUUGGUUUUUUUUUGCAUAAAUUUAGUAAAAUAUUCAUUGCUUAAAUAUAUCAUUGAGUGAGAUGAUGUAAAUUCAUUGGGAAGCAGGUCCUUUUCUUCAACUCAUCUUGCCCUUUUCAUUGACAGGAUUUCUUCAUAAAAAGUUUCAGCUCAAAAUCUACUUCAGGUUUAUUUUAACAAGAUAUAUCUCGUUGGUAUAUUAUGUUUUUAGGUGCGAAAAGAAGAUCAAGAAAGAGAAGAUAAAGAAAGAUCUUCUCACUAAGCUUCAUACAAAUACUUAUUCAUCUUCUUACAAGGAAGCUGUUUCAGCGAAAAGAAUGAUCUCAUUAUGAUUAUUGCAUGAAAUUCAAAUAACAAAUUCAUUUACAUUGUUUUAACAAAAAUCUGACCAAAAUUCACCUUUUCUUCCCAUUUAAUAUGAAGUUGGAAUGAAAAUUGAUAUUUUGUUGUUAAUUUUUUCCCAGUAUUUUGUGAUGUGUUCAGAGUUGUUUGAAAUUUGACCAAAAAUCACCAUUCAAAUUCAUCCAAUUAGACAUUUGGAUUGAAAUGUAUUUUUUAAUUCUCAUAUGUUGAGAAGUUUAUAGUAAUAUGAUAAUAUUACAUAGUUGCUAGGUUUGGGAUUCUAAAAUAUGCACAGUGAUAGUAAAUUCUCUUCAAAAAAUGGCUUCCAAAAUGGUUGAUUUGUCUGAAAAUCCCUGGAAAUGAUAGUCUCGACCAGUUUUACAAUUCCCUUAACCUGAUAUCAAACAAAGUUUGCUAUUUAAAAAUAAUUCAGAAAAAGAAAAAAAAUACAGGACAAAUAAAAAAUAGAGCAAUACAAGAAUUUUCUUCUCCUUUGAAUUGAACAGGAUUUUUCUUUUUUGCUUUUUUGGAUAAUUUACUUUACACAAAUAUGAUGAUAUUAAGCUGCAGUAGUCCAUGUCUGUUUUCUUCAGUGCAGUAGUUUGUUUCAAUGUUUGUGAUCAACUGUAUAAUGUCACUAUUAAACAAGAUGCAAAUAAUAUUUCUUCUUUUACAAGAUAAUUUCAAGCAUUAGAUUUCACAAGUGAAGCAUUAUGGAGUCUAAAACUUAGAAGAAAUAUGUGACUCUAAGUAAAGUAUAGAGUCUUAAUACUUGACAGAUAUAUGUUAAUUGCCUUUGAAAUAAAUUGCAUUGAUUUAUAUUUUUAAUCUGUAGUUUGUAUGGUAUACUUACAGUAUUAAUCUUGUUAGACCCAGCUAGGGUGUUAUGGUGUUUAGACAGAUGAGGGCCCUCAUGGGGUUUUUGAUUAUGUGAUCACUUGGCCUAUUUUUUAAUGAUUAUUUGAUUAUUAAGCCAAAUAUUUCAUGAUUAUUUGAUUACCUAGGACUGUAUUUUUAGUUUAUGAUUAUUUGAUUACUAAAGAUAAGCAAAUAUUUAAUGAUUAUGUGAUUAUAUUGGCAAAAAAAUGGUGAUUAUGUGAUUACUAGGACCCCCCCAUGAGGGGCCUCUCUUAUGCUAGGCAGGGUACUGAUAUUUGCUUUCAUUUCCGUGCUCUUUUUUUUUGUCUAGUGGAUAAUUGGUGUAAUAUUGUUUUAUUUAUUGUGAUAUUCCUUUUAAAUUAUGUCUUGAUUUUAAAAUAAAGAAAUCAUGAAAUGUAAAUGGAUGAUUAUGUGUAACUGUGAUUUAAUAUAAAAGUCAUAUUUACUGGUA